UUUAAUUUUGGCCACAAGAAACAGAGCAAUUCCCUGAAGAAGAAAAGGCCAAUUCCCACUUCGAUUCUUAGGCUAUGGAAGUUUCCGGUACCGUUCUCCAGCGGGUCUCCAACAUCUACGGCGCCGGAACUGAUAGCCUGCCUUUUCGUCGGCGACUAGCGUCCGGCGGGUCGGUGGCUGUGGGUGGCGAUGGUGCUUGUUUAAAUAGGCGCGUUCGGGAUGUUGGGGUUUCGGUGAGGGCUAGAUCGGAUUCUGGAUUUUAUGACGAUGGUCAUCUCCAGUAUUACCAGGCUUCUACUCCUAGGCGCGGUGGUAGGGACAAGCUAAAGGGUUCGGCAGUUCUGACGACUAAGAAGAUGAAACUGCUCAAGGGCUUGUAUAAUGGCUUAUCGAUGGCCUCUGAAUUAGGUUUCUCUUUGGAUUCGGAAAAGCUUAAUUUGUUGGAGGAGCUUCAGGGGAAGCUAACCUCAGAUGCUGCUGAGGUUUUACUGAAACAACUAGAACAACUUAGAGCAGAGAAGAAGGAAAUGAAGAGGCUGAAGAAACAAGAGAAGGCCAAGCUAAAAGCCUCCAGGAUGAAAACUGCGCCUGAUUGUGAAUCUUCAUCUUCAUCUGAAUCAAGUGACAGCGAUUGUGGAGAGGUGGUUGAUAUGCGCAGCCUGAGAGCAAAUGCUGCCCUUGCCCUAGCAACAGCAGAUCAAUUACAGUCACCUGUUCAGGAGGCUGCUGUGCUCUCCCCACCGAGCUCUUUGUCUCAAGGAAAGACUACUAACGAGAACCUUUUUGAGCUUGAUGCACAUCAUGCAAAAGAAAUCCCUGCUGAUCCUAAUGUUAUCAGCAUCAAUGUUGUCUCUAAAAUUGACAGUAUAGCAACAACUACCACUGCGCCUCAAAAGAGGAUUGAAGUCUGCGUGGGCAACAAAUGUAAAAAGUCAGGAGCUCCUGCAUUGCUUCAAGAAUUUGAGAGGGUUAUGGGUGCUGAAGGUGCUGUUGUUGGUUGCAAGUGCAUGGGGAAGUGCAAAAGCGGUCCCAAUGUGAGGGUUCAAAACUCUGUUGAAGGUUUCACUGAGGUAUUAAAUAAUGAUUCUGUUCAGAUUCCUGCUAACCCCCUCUACCUUGGGGUCUCUUUGGAGGACGUAGAUGCUAUUGUGACUAGUCUCUUUGGGGAGAAUCAGAGCGAUUCAGGUUCUGGUGCUGCUGCUACCCCUUGACGAUCAAUUUAAGCAACAUAAAAUAGUUAUGCUAGUCAAGUGAUGCGUUUGGAUUAGUAGUUAUGUUAAUCAAGUGAUGCGUUUGCAUUAGUAGUUAUGUCAAUCAAGAUGCGUUAUGUUAAUCAGGUGACGCGUUUGGAUUAGUAGUUAUGUCAAUCAAGAUGCGUUUGGAUUAGUCCGGGCAUCAUGUGACCCCUUCUGCAUCCAUAGAUCAGAUAAUUGCCCAUAUCGUAAAUAUUUACUUCGUUGUAACGCAGAUGCCUGGACUUGGGUUGGUUAUUUUCAUUAAACUAUGGUUUGGUAGUUUUCAACAGCUACACUGAACAUGCUAUUGGUGUUGUAAUUGGAAUCGAGGUUGCAAUUUGCACAUGGAAUUUGGGUUGCGUGAACCCUAGUUUUUCUGAUCUUA